UCAUCGGCCGAUCAUCCUGCCUCCCACACACAAAUGGAUCCACACACACACACACACAGACGAGCAGCACUCAGCAGCGGUGGGGGAGAGGGCCAUCGCGCCACUCGACGGCCAUCGCGCGGCGAAGCCAUCAGCGGAAAGCGAGCCUGACCUGCUCGUCGAAGUGAGCCGAGGCCGAGCACCGAGAGGCCCCGUUGUACUCGCGGAAGUUGAGGACGCUGUCGUGAGAGCUCCUUCUUGCCAUCCAUACCGGUGGAGCAGCAGAACUCGCCCAGGUCGAUGACGCCAUCGUCCUCGCCGAUGGCGACAGCUGCCACAAGUGGUGAAAAGCCCUCACCUGCAAAUAGCGUCUCGUCGGCAAACAGCUUCAGCUCACGGGACGUCAACCCAGCUCCUGACGGUUGCUGAUCGGCCGCAGGCCAGCGCGCUCUCAU